AUGUCCACCAAAUACACAUUAGUCUUUGCGCUUCUGGCGCUUUGCUGCCUAGUUGCCACAGAUGCGGCAGCGCAGCGAAAUCGCGGAGUCGCCGCUCGUCGCAGCAAUGACGAGACUGAGAAGAAAAACGUAGACCUGCAGAAAGCCGUCCAGGAAAAUGAAGAGGAAGAGGACGAAGAUCAGGCUGAGGAUCAGGAAGACGAUAAUAAAGAGCUUGAGCAAGAGGCUCGCAAAGAGGACAACCAAGUAGCAAAUGCCGACGUGGAUAGCAAAGUCUCCGGAACUAAAGCUACCACCAAUAAGGACGAUGCUCGUGCCAGACGUCGCCGUGUAAGUCGCAGCGGCCGCCGAAAGGGUCGUCGGGGCGGACGUCGCGGUGGUCGCAGACGUGGUGGUCGUCGCGGUGGUCGCAGGCGUGCUGGUCGUCGCGGUGGACGCAGGCGCGCUCGUCGUGGCCGUCGCGGCAACCGUCGCAUCGUCCGCGUGGGUUAA